AUGCAGUUGACACAUUUCUUUGCCGCUGGCUUUCUUGUAGCAUCGGCCUCAGCAUGGCCUGCUCACCUUCGUCGAGCUGCUGAUUGUGAAUUCUCCGUUGCUAUAGCUGAUAUUGGUACGACUUGUGAAAGCUUUGCAGCUAGCUGGCACCUGUCCGUCGACGAGCUCGAACGAUUGAAUCCCGGCAUCAAUUGUCCCGAUCUAGACUAUGACGGUCUGUACUGCGUGGUCGGCACCAACACUGACGAUCUGAAUACAACUACCACUCCCAUGGUUACCACGACGUCUACAAUGACCACUUCGGCAACCACUACCACCACCCCCUCCACGACUAUCAACUCCUCCGCAAGCACGAAUGCUUCAACCACCACCACGGCCAGUGAUGAUGUUGCCACCUCAUCUAUGUCUUCAGAUCUACCGGCAUCUACUGAUGCCGCUGAUUCGCUUAGAGUGCCGGUCGUCGUUGCUGGUAUUCUUGGGUGGGCCGCUUUGGUGUUGUAG